AUGUUAGGCGACGGUGAUGUGGGAAGUGAGCAGACUGAUUUUAUCGACUUGACGGGUCCCGAUCUUCCGUGUACUUCCACAGAGCAUCGCCAUUCGAAUAAACGCCGAGCGCCACUCUUGGAGAUGCCGAAGGACCUGGAUCUGGAGGCUUGGAAUAAAGAACAGGCCGCGGAGCGGAUUUGGGCGGAUUUGAUCCAGAUCCAUUCCGGCCCUCCGGGUUCUAAGAAGUUGCGGCUCGGUCCGGAAGAUAUUCGCGAGCUUGCGAUGUUUCUGCGCGAUCAGUUUCCUAAGGUGCGAAUGCCGGUCAUCUAUAAGAUGAUUUCGACAAAGGGAUUUUACGAGAGCCUAUUGAUCCUACAUUUGGUGACGAUUGGCUGGCAGCGACGGCUCACCGACCCGCAACAUACUUUUAUCUCUCCGACGCUGAUUCCAUUACGCCUUCCACCUGGACAGCAACGCCCUCGUCCCGAAGAAACUCUCGAGCCAUCUGAGCUACUGCCUAAGUACUAUCUGAACAUCUGGCGACGAUUCGAACGGCUUCUGCGAUUUGACUAUACCCAAGAACUGCUGAAUAUGACGAGCUUCGAGUGCCCGAUUUGCUUUGAUGUCAUUGGAAACUCGGAUGCGGUCCUUUGUACUGCUCUUGACGAAGACAUCGACGGAGAGCCCCACAAAUCGUGCGUAACAUGUGUUCGGCAGCACGCCGUCACCACCACUACCGAAAUGGCUAUCGGGCCGGGCGGGGCUGGUGUCCGCUGCCCUGGCUUCAAUUGUAAAGCAAUCAUUCUGUCAGCGCACGUGUUGCCCUUGCUAAACGCCGAAGAAACGAUCCUCUUCACGAAGCGACAGGACUCGGAAGCCAUUCGCUCUGCUCAAAUCGCUAAUGUAGAAAACUGUCAGCGAUGCGAAUUCGCGGCCGAGAUGUUGAUCGGUAAAGGUCGCCAGCCGAUUUUCGAGUGCCGCAAUUCGGCAUGCGGGCAUAAGCAUUGCAGAAUGUGCGGUAAGCCAUAUGAUAAGCUGCAUGAGGGCCGGAAGUGCGACGAGAUGCUAACCCCGAAGGAAUUGGAGCGCCUGAAAAAGGAGGAGGAGCUAACCGCCCUGAUGGUCCGUAAGUGCCCGAAGUGCGAUCUGGCUUUUCAAAAGAUGGAUGGCUGCAACAAGAUGACCUGUUACCGGUGCAGAACGACAAUGUGCUAUGUCUGCCGUCAAGUGAACAUCAACUAUGACCAUUUCGGACUCCCGCCACUUUGUCAACUCCAUCAGCACACCGAAAACGAGGACGAGCAGCGGCGCAUCGAAGCCAUCGACCGCGAUCGUGGAAACGAGGCCAUUAACGAUGAGGACCUCGAACGGCUCUAC